AUGGCCUUCUACUUCGGGCAAGGCGCAACAUACGACAGCAUCGAGGGACAGUUUCGUCUAUUCAAGAAGGCGGGGAAAGAUCUAAUCACGGAAGCCGAAACAGAGGGUCGCUCUGAGUUGCCUGCUCGCGGGAAGAGCGCGCCGAACACACCACGCAAACCGAAGGCGCCGAAGAAGGCUGCCGGUUCGCAGGACGGUGUCAUGACCGGUCGGGUCACCAAAAAUGCAAGCCCGAAGAAAGGCGGAAAGGUCAAGCAGGAGAAACUCAGCUCUGCCACCUCGUCGUUCUUUGCGGACACACCGGAGAGCAUGGUGGACGCCGUUGAUGGAGACGAUGAGAUGCCUUUCUCGGAGACUCAUGGGCAGUUUGACGAUCGCUUCAACCCUGUCUCCGAGUUCGAUGAGUUGGACUUGGGAUUAGGUAUCUAG